AUGACGGUAACUCAAGAAUUGAGAUGGGAUGUCGAUGAAUUGCGAGGACAAAUGCAAACUAUGGGUACAACGAUGGAGGAAAUCCGUCAAUUGAUUGUACAGAUGGGUCAAAAUCGAGCUCCAGCAGGAGAGGAGAUCCAUGAAAAUGGUGAUAUGCACGUCAAUGGUGGAGGAAAUCAGAAUGGAAGAGGAAAUCGCGGUGGAAACCCCAAUUUCGUAAACACUCGUUAUUCACGGGUAGAAUUUCCCAGAUUCAAUGGUGACGAUAUGAGAGGUUGGAUCUGUCGAUGCGAGCAAUUCUUCGAGGUUGAUGAAACACCGGAAGAAUUGAAGGUGAAGUUAGCCGCAAUUAAUAUGGAGGGAAGGGCUCUUCAAUGGCAUCAAGCGUUGGUGAAAUCUCGAUUGGGUCGAGACCUUCCAAAUUGGGGAGAUUAUGUGCGUGCUUUGAAUCUCAGGUUUAGCCAUACUAUGAGCGAUGAUCCUAUGGCAGAGUUGAUCGGAUUGAGGCAAAAUGGGAGUGUCCAAGAAUUUUUGGACAAAUUUGAUGAACUGUUGAACCAUGUGGAAUUGACAGAGGAGUAUUCAAUCAGUUGUUUCUUGAAUGGACUGAAACCAGAGAUUGAAGUUAAUAUUAGGAUGUUAUCACCAAGAACCUUGAUGAAAGCAUAUAACCUAGCCAAAUUGACUGAACAAUCACUAAAGUUGCAGAACCAGUCAUUUAUCAGAACUUCUAAGGCAUUGUUACCCACCCCAGGUACUUCGUGGAACUCUAAUUACAAGAAUCAGUAUCACGGUGAGAGUAGUAAAGGCUUUAGCAAUAAUAGAGUUUCGAAUUACAGUACUUUUAAUGGUAGAAAUGCACCCCCCAAGAGACUCUCAAGUAGUGAGAUGGAUGAGAAGAGGGCUAAGGGGUUAUGCUUUUGGUGUGAUGAGAAAUUUACUCCAAACCAUGUAUGUAAGAAGAGGAAACAACUGUUGAUUCUUGAGGUCGAGGAAGACAUAGAAGAACCACCUGAACCAAUCUAUGACCUAGAUGAGUUAGCCCUAAUGGAAGAGAGUGCACAAGAGUCUGAAUUGUGCCCCCAAAUGUCUGCUCAUGCACUAGAAGGAACAGUAGAUUUCACAACUAUGAGAGUGAAAGGGUCGGUGAAGAGUAAGAUGGUUCAUGUACUGGUGGAUUCGGGUGCCACACACAACUUCAUGGAUAUCACUAUUGCUAGGAGAUUGGGUAUGAAGAUUGAGACUAUUCCUGCUUUCUCGGUAGCUAUAGCUAAUGGGAACAAAGUGUAUAGCAAAUUCAUGAGUAGGAAGGUCGAAUGGAAGAUGCAAGGUGUAGAUUUCAUGGCUGAUAUGUUGGUGAUUCCACUAGGAGGGGCCGAUGUUGUUCUUGGUAUUCAAUGGCUUAUUACCUUGGGGGACAUUAAAUGGAAUUUUAGAGACCUGAAGAUGGAAUUCAUGAUUCAUGGAAGGAAGGUUUCACUUAGGGGAAGCAAACCUAACCCCCCUAAACUGGUUGACAAUAUCCAAAUGCACAAGUUGUUGAGUAAGCCAGCUCAGCUGAACAUGAUGACAAUAGCAUUUGUGCAGUCCCAAGAGCAGUGCUUAACAACUCUCAAUAGUCAACAGGUGGAGAUAGCCCCGGAUUUGCAGAAACUCUUAGAUCAAUUCUCUUCAUUGUUUGAGGUGCCCAAAGAGUUGCCUCCUAGAAGAGCUCAUGAUCACAAGAUCAUACUAAAAGAUGGAGUCCCACCUGUGAAUGUGAGACCCUACAGAUAUGCAGCCAGCCAAAAAGAUGAAAUUGAAAAGAUGAUUGCAGAAAUGUUGGAGUCUGGUGUCAUCAGACCAAGUGUAAGUACCUAUUCUUCCCCUAUAGUCAUGGUUAAAAAGAAAGAUGGGUCUUGGAGAUUAUGUAUUGACUAUAGACAACUAAACAAUAACACUGUUAAAGACAAAUUCCCUAUCCCUGUCAUAGAGGAACUUCUAGAUGAAUUGGGAGGGUCCAAAUUCUUCUCUAAAUUGGACCUUAGAGCUGGAUACCACCAAAUUAGGAUGGCAGAAUCGAACAUUGAAAAGACAGCAUUUAGAUCACACAAUGGACAUUAUGAAUUUGUUGUUAUGCCAUUUGGUUUAACAAAUGCACCAUCCACUUUUCAGAGUUUGAUGAACACUAUUUUUUAA